UUCUAAAGAUGCAGCAGCCUGAGCAGAACUCUCUCUCAGAAGAAGGAUUCAAAACCUUCCAGAACUGUCUCUCACGUCAACCAACAACAAACAUACAGCCAGAUGCCUCUGGAAUUCAACCACACAACUCACCAGGGAGACAUAUUUUUAGGUUAGUUCAGAACUGAAUUCUCUUAAAGGAAUAUACUUUUGUGGUUGUGUUUGAGAGUAGUUUAAAUAAAUCCUAAACGUGUGUUUGAUGUAUACCUGGAUGUUGACACUGCUCGUCCUGAGCCUGGGGUUGGGGCAUGCUCAGAGGUCCACCCAGGAAGCCUUCAUGAUGCAGUAUUUUGAGAGGAGGAUUGCCCAACUUGAGGAGCGUCUGAUCAAAUGUGAGCAGAACACCCAGCAGGUGGACCAGAAGAUCUAUGACCUGUCUACAAAGGUGCGUGGCCAGCUGGCUAGCAUGGAGGUGCACCGAACGGAGGUAAAGACUCAGGUGGAUAAUGUAGCCAUGCGGGUGGAGCGAGUGGAGAGGGACGUGGAGUACCUGGAGAAUAAGACCCCUAACCAGCCCCACAUCGAGGUAGAGGAGGCCCUGAUGGAACAGCAGAUGAAAGACACCCAGAAGAAAAUAGUAAAGAUCACACUGGGGACAGACUGCAACAUAGCUCUCACUGGUGUGAAGUCUCUGAAGAUAGUGAAGAAAGCAGGGGACGUCUAUGGAUCCUGGCUGAAAGACCCUACUAAGGGCUCUGCCAAAAUCUAUUUCUUCAGCGGGAAUAAGAACAACACCGUACUGGAGUUUAAAUCCUUGAAGACCUUCACUGAGGGAAGGCUCGCCCAGGCUCAUCCAAUUCAGCUCCCCUUUCCCUGGCAGGGAACUGGCCAUGUGGUCUACAAUGGCUUUCUGUACUAUCACAGGGCAGACACACCCAACCAGAUCUUAAAGGUGCAUCUCCUCAACCGCACUGUGGCCGACAGUAUGCUGCUGCCCGGGGUUGGCCGCCUGCCUACCUACGCCCUCACCACGCACACCUUCCUGGACCUGGCUGUGGACGAACUGGGCCUGUGGGUCAUCUACUCUGACCCAGAGUUUGGGGGCAACCUGGUGAUCACCAAGCUGGACAAGAGCAGCCUGGCUGUGGAGCACACCUGGGACACCACCUGUACGAGCCGUGAUGCAGAGUCAGCAUUCAUGAUCUGUGGAACACUGUACGUGGUGUAUAACUCCCGCUACGGAGGGCGCUCCAGCAUUCAGUGCCUGUACGAUAUCCACGACACCAUCCACAGUGAGGAGAGCCCUGUGCUGUUCUUUCCUAAGCGCUACACCAACCACUACAGUAUGCAUUACCACCCCAAGGACAAGCAGCUGUAUGCCUGGGACGACGGCUACCAGACCAUCUACAAAGUGGACCUCAAGAGCAAGGCUGAAGUCUGACAUGAGUCUACAUUAAACGCUUAUCAGUCAUAGAACCACAGGCGUAUUCAAAACAGAACUAAUUAACAAUGUUCAUAUUCUUAUCAUAAUAGCCAACAAUAAUCCAUUUAAGUUGAGGUAACACAAUACACAGUUUACUCAAGGCCCAUAUUUUCACGUGACUUUCUGCAAGAUUAUAAUAAACUGCAUUUAAAAAGUUGUCUUUCUGGGAGCAAUGUAGUGGUCCGAUGGUUCUUAGUACAAUGUAGUGGUCCGAUGGUUCUUAGUACAAUGUAGUGGUCCGAUGGUUCUUAGUACAAUGUAGUGGUCCGAUGGUUCUUAGUACAAUGUAGUGGUCAGAUGGUUCUUAGCACAAUGUAGUGGUCCGAUGGUUCUUAGUACAAUGUAGUGGUCCGAUGGUUCUUAGUACAAUGUAGUGGUCCGAUGGUUCUUAGUACAAUGUAGUGGUCCGAUGGUUCUUAGUACAAUGUAGUGGUCCGAUGGUUCUUAGUACAAUGUAGUGGUCCGAUGGUUCUUAGUACAAUGUAGUGGUCAGAUGGUUCUUAGUACAAUGUAGUGGUCCGAUGGUUCUUAGUACAAUGUAGUGGUCCGAUGGUUCUUAGUACAAUGUAGUGGUCCGAUGGUUCUUAGUACAAUGUAGUGGUCAGAUGGUUCUUAGUACAAUGUAGUCAGAUGCUUCUUGGAGGUACAGUGACUGAAAAUAAGUUUUUGCCAAUGUGGCACUGUUGAACUGAAUGAGGUGAGAGAGCUCUCCCAAAACAGUAGCUUUUUGCAUAGUCAUACAUGUUUAUGGAGCAACUUUUAUGACCCUGCUGAACACAUCAGAGCUCUAAAGAUUGGAUGUGCCUGUAAAGUAAUGGAAAACAACUCAAUCUGACAUUUCCACAAGCUGAUGGUACUAUUCUAUUAACAGACAAACCAUAUCUUCCUAUUCCUGUUCCUAUAAUAAUUUUGAUAUGAGCUUCUGAUCUUUGUGGUGACUUUGAAAGGCAGUACAUGGCAUGUUAUUAUUGGUGUAUGUAUAUGGCAUAGCAACCACGUGAACAGGCUAAUUGAGCAUGGGCCAAGUGUAGUCAAGUGAGAUUAGGUAGCUAGUAAUAGAGCCCCACAGUUGGUGUCAUAAUACCCAUAAAACCCGAGUGGUCAAACAGGCAAAUGGUUCCAAUCGUUUUUCCACCAAUCAUUAUUCCCAUAGGGAAUUUUAGAAACACUUGGCUAGGCAUACCCUGGCAUGAUGUUUUGAGAACUAUGUAAAUCACUCUCACAAGGUGCCUUGUAUCAAUAUAUUCAGCUCAUUUACUCUCAGAUUACAAAAUGCUAAUUAGCAUCAAAGUAAACAUCAUGCAAGACUACAAAUCCCUGCAAGCUCAUGCACGUCAUCUCUAGCUGACACCUUUGCUAACAGGUAUUGUGUCAAUUUAAAACUUGCACAAGACAGUUCAAAGAAAUGUCAGUUUAAAUAAAUUGUAUUUAUUCAUUACUAAAUGCGUUACUAAAUUAAAAUAAAAUUAUAUGUUAAUCCAGAGAUUCUUACCUUUGCCUUGAUUCGGCAGUCUCCUCCAAAUUAUCAUGGCAUUUGUAGUUCUUUAUGAUAGCCACAUAAACAGCUAAUUAGCAUUUAAUUUUGGGGGGUAGAUACAGGCGACUGUUUUGAUAAAUCACCUUGUCCUAGAGAGAGUUACAUGGUUAUCAAAACGUCACGCCAGGUAAUCCCAUAAGGGAAAAAUGUAUGGUGGAAAAUGAUAGAACCAUUUCCUUGUUUGACUGCUAGGUUUUAUGGGUAUUAUGACUCAUGCUGUGGUAAUCUAACCUGAGAUAUUGUUGCUGUGUUUUUUUGUAUAACUAUGCUUGUCUCACUUAUAAUCAGCAGAUGGCACUGUUGUUAAGAACUUCAGCACAACGCCAGUGAGCCAAGCGUCCAAAUGAUAGGCUGGCUAUAUGUUUUAGUCCAACAGUCCUAGGGUAUAUAAUACUGUGCACGUGCUGGGCCAUGGCAGACUCAACCAAGUGAGAUAAAAAUUUGCACAGAUAAAUCGGGACCCCCCCCCCCAUUUACACAAAAAAGUGUAUUUAUGUGUACACAAAUAGCAUACAGAAGAUGUGAUGAGUUGUAAUAUAUUUAUUACACGUGAUUACAAUAAUUUGUUGCAGAUUUGAGUUUACAUGUCGUCUUGUUCACGUAUUGGGAAUGAUGAGUAGCUAGAGCACAUGGGCUGUGUAGUUUGAUGGGAUGGCACACCCUUAGAAUCACAUGAUAGGUGAUUGGUGGAGAGGCUUUAUGAUGAACACACUUAUGGCGUUGGCAGCGCAAAGGCACAUUCGGUCAAUGCGCGGAGCAUCCCAUCGCUGAAGACACCACUUACAGUGCCAAGGACCAUUUUAUAUCCAAGGUGGUCAAUAGUGUAUUUUGCAAGUUGCAGGGGAGGAAUACGCGCUGGAGAGCAAGUCUCCGAAGUCGAGGAUAUUAUAGGUAAUGCCGAGACACUUGUUUUCUUCUUCUUAUUUACUUAGUAAAGUUUGUAUCCUACUCGCAGGUAUUCAUAAUAUAAGUAGAUACGAUUUAAAGCCUAUCUGUAGCCGAAUGUACGGCGGCUUUGUGAAUAAACACAAUUUUAAUUGUUCUAUACUAUUUUUUUCCCCAAGUAUGUUCAAUACACUGAUUUGCUUACGGAACAGGUGGAUGAGCGCUGGGAAAGUGACAAGAAUAAAACUUGUCUGAACAUGACAAUGCAGUUGUGUACAGUAUGUGGUUUCAACAGUUUCUCAGCAUUCCACAAGUAUCUAAGCACUUGGCAUGUAGCUUUAUUUAAAUAAAGUAGUAGUGGUUGUUUUUCUCAA